GAGAGUUACAAAAAGGGAAGAGGAAAAAAAAACAAGAUGGCUCUUGGACUACUGCAAACUGUGUUAUUUUUAACUGGAUUAUAAUUCAUGCACAAUGCCGUUGAUUGUUCGAAUUGGAUAUAUUUCAUCACUAUUUCCAACAGAUUGAAUGCUUGUUAAUAAUUAAAGAGCUCCUUAUUUGUUCAAAAUGUGAAAUAAUUUAGUUGAAAACAAAAUAAAAAAAGAUUUUGAAAAUGUUGAGAUAAGAGUGCUCAGGUUUGGGUAGGUUGAGCAUUCUUGAUGUGGAGCAAGGAAUGGACUUAGUUCUGUGGAAAUGGUAACCAGCAAAAGAUAUGUGUUAGUGUUACUGUUGGUUACAUGGAUUUCAUGGAGCAAUGCAUGUGUCCCUGGCUGCCAGUGCACCAUGGUCAGAGCAGCCAAAAAACAAAAAGGACGCAAAGUGGACUGCACACAGCAUGUUGCACCUUUUAAAACAUUGUCCAAUUUAAACUUUCCUCCGGAUACUGUACAUUUGGAUUUAGCUCAUAAUACUCUUACUGUGAUUAGACAAGGAUCUUUUAUUCAGCUCUCAAGUCUUCAAAAACUAAACUUAAGCAGUAACCAUAUAACCUACAUAGAACAUGGAGCAUUUGAUGGAUUGCAAAGUCUUAAAAAAUUGGAUUUAUCCAACAAUGCAAUUGGAGCUCUCAACAGUCACAUGUUCACUGGGUUACCAAAGCUGGAGAAACUAUUUUUGUCAUCAAAUAGAAUUUCGGUUAUACCUGAUGGAACAUUCAGUGAUCUCAGGUCAAUGAAACGGAUUGAGUUCAGUUCAGAAUUUCUUCGAUGUGAUUGUAAUCUGAAAUGGAUUCUUAAGUGGGCAAAACAGCAACAUGUACGCAUUCCAGGCUCGACUGUGUGUGCUCUUCCAGUUGAAAUGAGAGGACGUCCUUUAUCCAGGUUAAAACAGGGAGACCUGCACUGCGAUCACAACCUACAGCUUCAUAUAUUUGAAAUUCGCCCCUCUGAAAGUCAGUUGGUUUUCAUAGGAGAUAAGCUUCCAUUUGAGUGCCAUGCAUCAGUAACAUCACAAGACAAAAUGAAUAUAUCCUGGUAUCGUGGGGACCGAAUAGUGACCUCUAAUAAAACCCUGGGUAUCUAUGUGAAUACCUCACACAACCAUGACCACACCAUCACCAAUCACAGGCUGGUAGUGGACAGCUUGGAACCAUCUCAUGCUGGAGAUUGGAGCUGUGUUGUUUCAUCAGAUAAAGGAAAUUUGACCAAGACAGUUCAUGUUGAAGUAAGAGCUCCUGAAGUAGGUCUAGAAUGCCCAUUGGUAACUAAUCGAACUUCUAAAGGUGUUUAUGUGUGGCAAGAGUCUAUGGCAGGUCUGACUGUAACUCAGCCUUGUCAGAGAGGAGACAAAGGAGCAGUGGCAACUCAUAAAUGUGAAGUUGAUGGACGGUGGAGAAAUUUGAAUGUUUCUUCUUGCAGCUUUAUUAAAAACAUCACUCGUCGGCUAUCCAAGUUUGCCAAGCUGGACAUUGCUACCAGUGAUAUUACUACAGCUACAAAUGGAAUCAAUAAAGCCUUAAUGAUGAUUGAUGACUCUAAAGAAGCUUUGGACUCCUUUGAUGUGUUUUAUUUGGCCAAAAUUAGUUCCAAUUUACUUUCUCAUGCUGCAUCUGACCCCAUGGUGUCCAGUCUUGUGUUGAACAUGGUCAGUAAUGUGAGCAUCCUCCCUUCAGAGGUUAUUGACAUGGCACAAUUUGAAAGCAGGGCACCAGCAAGAAUGGUGAAAAUGUUGGAACAGUUGAGUGACCAGGUGAAAAUGAACACAGCUGUUGAAUGGACCAAAGUUUCAGACAACAUACUGGUUGUUGUAUUUAAUAGAAAACAUGUCCUCCAGAAUGGGCUGUCCUGUGGCCUUCAGCAGCCGUUGCAUUAUGGAUUUACAAGUUCCAGCUUAUUGUGUGGAAAUGUUUCUUUUAGUAAGUUUGGAGUACACAUUCACAUACCAGAUCAAUUCAGCAAGAAGCUACAGACCAGUGCUCCACAAACUACAGUGCUGACUACAACAGGACUUCCUGUCAAUGAUAAUUUGACCUAUAGUUUUGAAGGGGCUCUCAACAACACUGCUCUCGAAAAUCUCACUGUCUUUCUGUUGCCAUCCUCCAACAUGUCCUUCUAUGAUCACCAUGGUCUGGUCAACUCAACCAACACAGACUCUGCAACAGUAGACAGCUCCACCACAGUUUCACCCCUCUUCUCCUUCCCUUGGAGUGCUUCCCAAUUAGGGGCCCUGAAUAUUUCUAGCAAAUUUCUCUCCCGGUUUUCUAAGCCCUUAAAUUUAACCUCACGGAAUUUAUUAAGCAGUUGGUCCACAGACUUGAAUUUUUCCACCAAGCACUUGUUCCCCUUUGCCAACAAUGUGAACAGUCCAUCCAUCUUUCCUCAUGUCGUGUUUAAGGCCAAUGUUUAUAUUAUAGUUUACAGAACUGGUAGACUCUUUCCAGUUAUUCGUUCAGAUUCAUCAGAUCCAGUGUUUAGAAAGGGACAUUGGGUCAUUGUGACACCAGUCAUUGCUAUAUCAUUAGGAGGAAGCUCCAGAAAUUUGUCUCAGCCUGUUGUGAUCACUUUUGAAAUUAAAGAUACAAAGAAACCAAUCAAGGCAGCAUAUUUUGAUUUUGAUUUUAUUGAUGGCUAUGGAGGCUGGAGAACUGAUGGUUGUGAAAUUGUACAGAGAAAUGGAACCAUCGUUGUUGUACAUGUCUAUCAUCUUUCUAACUUUGCAUUACUCCAGGAUCGUUCAUUUGCAUAUAGAUUAGCAGCAUUUUCCAUGGAGCCAGUAAUUUAUGUAGGCAGUGGUCUAUGUAUGUUGUGCAUGAUAGUCAUUAUCAUCUCCUUUAUGGCAUGCUAUAGCUCUAUUGGAAUUCCCAAGAAAAUCAAACAUGCGGUUGUGAAUAUAUGUAUCAGUACACUGUUAAUGAUGGCAGCAUUCAUAUUUGGAAUAAAUCGCACAGACUUUGAAUUGCCCUGUCAAAUAGCAGGCAUUUGUAUUCAUUAUCUGACACUAUGUACUGUUUUUUGGAUUACAAUUACAUCAAACAUCAUUUAUAAAAAGUUCAUCAAAGUAAAUAAACCUGCUGAACCUCCACCAGAGCUUGGACCUAUGCCGUUGCCUCCUAAACCAAUCUUACAGUUUUAUUUUGUGGGUUAUGGUGUGCCCCUGAUCAUAUGUGGUAUCACAGCAGCAGUCAACCUUAAUUUUUAUACUGGACACAAAUACUGUUUCCUUGAGUGGGAGCCGAGUCUUGGUGCCUUCUAUGCCCCAGUGGCUUUGCUGGUGGCAUGGAACCUGGUUCUAUUUAUGAGAAUCUCCUGUGUGGUCAGGGUGAACUCUGAAACUGAUAGUGAGGCAGCUAAUGAAAGUGAGAACGAGAUUCACACCAAUGAGAUCGAGCUGGUCCCCUCACAGCCAGACACUGUCAUCACCACCAGUCGCAGCAAUCACACCCAUCAUGUCAAUAACAACAUCACCAGCAGCAAUGGUGGGGGCUACCGUAGGAGGUUUAGCAGGGCUAGUAACGAUGAGGAUGAAGAGGAGGAAGAUGCUGUAUCAGUGACAAGCAUCCCUGAUCAAGAGCGCCGCCCAAUCACACAGUUGAGGUCACUGGUGGCCAUUCUGUUCCUCUUCAUUGUUAUGUGGAUGAGUGGUGCCCUGGCUACUGCCAAGCCGUUUCACCUUAUCAUCCCUUUCCAAGAAAUCAUCUUCAGUUACAUUUAUGGGCUUAUGAGCACCCUGUUUGGCAUAUUUAUGAUAGUCUAUUUCAUUGUCACAAGAAAUGAUACAAGAAUGAGCUGGAAACGAGUGGCUGGCUGUGUCCCGCCAGAACCUGUAACCACUGAAAUGGAAGUCACUGAAACAACCACUGAGCCCGCUCCUCCGCCCCCUCCAGUUCAGCCCCAGGCAAAUGGCAGCAUCAUCAAAUCAAACAGCAACACUAACCUCUCUGUGUAUUCACAAAAAUCUUCAAAUCUAACAAAAGCAUAUAACAUGAAAAACAACAGCAAACAAUCCAACAUCAACCUUAUCAUACCCAACUCAUCUGAGAUCUCAUUUGGCUCAGCCCAAGAAGGUUUUCCCAAUUUUUACAACCCCAGACAGAAUGGGGCAGCCAAGAAGUUCUGGCAGAAAAAUCGCCAUCAUAGCAAGGUUAUGAAUAAAGAUGUGAACAGGGAUCUCAACAGUAGUCUGACAGACAACAAUUCUGCUACUGAGACCAGUCAGGGUCACUUAAGUCAUGGCACAAGCAGUGAUGCCAACACUCAUCUCAGUAUUGAGAUACAGUUUCAAACUAAGAACAAUCCAGCCCCCAAGACUGGCUCAUUUUCUAGCUCUCGAGAAAUUCCUGUUCACAUUAACAACCCCAACAUCACCAACACCCAGAACAUUCUUGGUUCCUCCUGUGGUGCUAUAUCCAUUGAGCAUAAUAAUCAAGUGUCUGGGGUAAGGACAUCCAGUCCAGACAUGGAGCACAAUAGCUCUUCUGCUUUUCGCCAAUCUAACUCUGUUGAAUCCAAUUCAAAUCUACCUCAGCACCAGCGCUCUCCAAGUGCUGGCUCUAUAGGCGCUGGAGUCCACCCUAGUGCAUUUACCCCUGUGCAACCUCGCAACAAUAACACCUUACCUCGCCAUGGAAAGAACCUCGAUGAGGAAACUGUAGCUGUGAAACAAGGGGAUAAGGAAAGUUCUAUGCAAAGAAAUCAGUUGAGUGGCACCAACACCCUGAUGGAAAGACAGGCAGGUGAUGUUCCUCAGAGGCCAGUCAACCCUGGUGUAGCAUGGAACCCCUUUUACAAUUUACCUCCCUUGCCUAGUCAUCCGGCCACAUACUCAUUUACACCCCCUCCCUCUAUCCAUCCACAGCAGCAGCAUUACCCAUUUGAUUACAGUGUGUACCCAUCAUCAGGUCCUAUGAAUACUCAUCUCUUGAAUGCAAGUCAAGCUGCUGUUUCUAGUUCCAACAGUCUAUCUCCUACAUCAUUUAACCAGCAAUCCAGCCAUCCUCAGCCUCCAUUUAACAUCCCACCAUCUCCUUAUUUUGUCCAAGCUCAAGGCCGCCAAGUCAAGUCCAUGAGCCCAGGAUCUAGCAGCUCGCAGUCUAAUAAAAAAUGUCACAGUAGUGCCAAUGGAUGGCGCCCCCUUUCAGGAGGAGACAGCUCUGACAGUAGCAGACCACGACAGAAGCGUGCACAGGUUGGAGGCAGCCCUGGCCGCACUGUUACUUAUGCCCCUUGUAGUCCUGUUAUGUCCGACAGCCAGGCUUAUAAUUCUAACUGUAAAGAUCAAAAUCAAAACAAUCAGCAGAACAUGAAGAAGGCAAGGUCAGUGGAUUCUGAUCACCACUCAGAUCCAACACAUAGGAAGAAACACAGCAGGGCUGACCGAAUGGCCAAGAAUAAGCUCACCAACAAGCAGAGGUCACUCGGCUGGGAUGAGCAGUUCAAAGAUCGUCCGGCCAAAAUUAACUAUGUCUAUGUCAACCACAUGUACAGAGAUAAAGUCAUGCACAAGCUCAUCAAGCAGGCCAGUGAGAGCGACGACCUGGCCAGCAAAGCUUUCUGGCUGCCACGUUCGGCUAGUGAGUAUGAACGCCUGACCCAAAAAGGUUUCUGUAACAUGACAGAUGACUCCAGCACAAGCUCUGAUGAUGAUGACAGUUUAGAUGAUAACGUAUGGAUACGGCAGAGCUCUGGCUCAGACUUUCAUAAAAAGGAAACCAGCGUUUGAAGUUACUGUCUUAUGGAAAUGUUUCCAUCUAUAAAUCGGUGUGCUAUUUCUUAAAAAACAUUUUUAGGCUCAUCAAAGGAAAUUUAUUUAUACCAUCAAUGUAUAAGUACAAACAGUUGUACGGGUUUUCGAUGAUUGAUAUAUUAUAAAAGAAAGGCCAGGGACAAGAGAGGAUUGUAUUAUGCUAGUUUUGACUAAGUUAACAUUAUUUUAUUUUAAGUGUUCAAACAUUUUUGAAAUGUGUAAAUUGCAUGUAAAAUAAUGUAUAUAAUAGGCUAAUGUAUAUUUCUCUACAAGCUAGUAAAGAAUAUUAGCUCCCUCAUACAAUUAUAAUUAUUUAAAGUAUGAACAAAAGAUUAUUUUAAAAAUAUAAUGCUUCCAUAAGAGUGGUCAUGUUUUUCCAUAUUACUGAUAUGUAUCACUUCUUUUGUAAAACGCUCUUAGAUUUUAUAUUUAGAUUUUCUUUUUUGAUCAACCAGAUAGAUUGAUUGCAUUAAAAGUGUAAAUAUAAUUGCUUUGGACAUUUGUUUUUUGAAGAGUCCUGAAUGUAACCUAUUUUUGAAACCAGUUAAAAACUUGGAAUGCACUUAAAAACCUUUAUUGGUAUAAAACUUAGUAUAUUAUCUUCAAUUAUGUGUACAUAACUUUUUAAAGCAGUUAGUGUUACAACAGACAUUAAUUUUGUGUAUAUGUGUACAUUUUUAUUCUAGUUUACCAUUGACUGACAGAUUUUUUUAGUACUGGUAAUUAUUUUUAUCUGCAAUUUUAAUUUGUCUAGGUUUUUUAGUACCUUUUUUUCUCUUAGUUGUCUUUUUGUAUUACCUUAUAUACGUUUAUGUAUUUGUAAAACAGUGCUAGCUCUAUGAAAAAUGCAACUUACCUGUUUUGUUGGUGUAUUGUGUACAAAUAAUGUUCAUUUUCUGCUAAAUAUAUACAAACUUUCUGGUGAAGUCAGUAUUGAUGUCAGCUUAGAAUUAUUUAAUACAGUAUAGUUAACUAAAGAGCUUUGCACUGAUUUUUGCAUUCUCACAUAUAACGGUUGUGCUACUGUGUAUUUUAAACGUUUAUUCAUGUCAUGUGCAUAGUCCUUCAAAAGAAUGUCUUAAAUAGUGUGUGUGUGUAUUUACAUAAAUGCAUUAAAGCUUAAUGCACAGUGCACACAUUUUUUUGACAUUAUUCUCUUACUACGGGUGAAAACAAAUCUAUAACAUGUAAAGUAUGUCUCAGACAAAACAAUAUUAUAUCAUUUGCUUGUGCAAUAUGUAUUUCUCUUGAAUUAGCAGGACAGAAUCUUAACAAGGUUGUUGAAACUUUUUUCAUCUACUCACAUCACUAUGUAGAGAACACGAAAAGACCAAUUUUUUUUUUUAUUUAUUUACUUUUGUUUCAAAGUAAGCAUUGAUGUAACUAAUUUUUAUAGUGUAAGAUGUUUUAUUUUAUUUUUACUUAACAUACACAUUUAUUUUCUUUUUACUUUCUAACAACGAAUUGCUGUUACUUUUUUUUUUAUAAAGUUAUUUAUACGCAAAUGUUGUGAAAGUUGUCUAUUGUAAGGGCAAGUUUUGUACAAAUCGAUUACAUUUUUUUUUUACUAAUAUUUUAGAUCUCUUUUUUUCCUAUUAAUGAGCGCUGAUAUUUCUCUGCUUUUAGUUGAAUGAUCUUGUGGCAUUUUUUUUUAAUGUCCAAAAUAUUGAUGCUGUUUUUUUUUUUGAGCAAGAAUAGCUAUAGCUAUUAAUUGUCUUAAGUUUGUACAUUUUAAGAGUUUUACUGUACAGUUAAUUUUGUUUAAACCAGGGUUAUAUACUCCACAUCCCUUUCCCAUCCAAAGAGGCAACUAAAUUGGUUCCUUUUUUUUUUUUUUCAUCUUUUUACUAUGGAGCCCCCCAAAUGUCAAAAUUAUCACUAGUUAAGUGGAGGAAAAUAGUGUUGGUCAUUCAAAAGUGUAUAUAUCACAAAUAUUGGUGACCUGUCCAUUACAUCAGGACAUGCCUUGUGAUUCACACAUUUGUAAUUUCAAUCCCUAUUUAUGUGUUAGCUUCUAACUAUGCCUAAUCAUUUUUUUUGGCCAGAAUGUAAAGUAACAUCUACAAAUAUUUAAAUAAAUCAAUGAUAUAUGUA